AUGGAGCUCACAGACUCGUCCAGAAAGCCUGGGCAAAAGGAUGAGAGCGACGACUCGGCCCGAGUGCCAGCAAAGCUGUCGUCGGCGGGUUUUACUCUGAUACCACAACCCUCGGAUGAUCUCAAAGAUCCUCUAAAUUGGUCUUCAUUGAAAAAGGCUACUACACUUUUCAUCUGGUGUUUCGGAUCCUUCGUCACUACAGCUUCCGGCCUAGGAAAUGCUCUUGGGUACUUCGUUCAAGCCAAAGCCUACAACAAGCGAGAUCCAAUUGCUCUUUCAUAUUCCGUAGUCGCGGCCACAGCAGGCAUAGCCAUCGGACCCCUCUUUGCGGUACCCCUUGCGCGCCGUUAUGGACGAACAUUCAUCUUCUUUUGGUCCCUGGUCGGCCUUUUAGUCACGGGAAUAUGGUCCGCCACUAUGACCCGCUCGAAUCAAUACGGAGCCUUCGUCGCAGCGCGGCUCUUCGGAGGUCUUUUUGGUGGCACCGCCCCAACGCUUGGUGCUGACACUAUCGUGGAUAUCUUCUUCCUACACCAGCGGGGAAAGGCCUUCACUGUGCUGAACCUCUCCUUUCUUGCCGGUGUCGUCGUGGGUCCAACCAUGAGUGGGUUCAUUGUUGGCUCUACAAGCUGGACCGUACAGUUCUGGUGGAGUAAUGGUCUUGAAGGCAUCAUUAUCAUCCUCACUCUCGCACUGCUGGAGGACACAUAUUAUGAUCGCACACCGGAGGGCGGGGAAUACCGUGGCAGAUGGCCAGAAAAUUUCUUUGCGAACAGGGUAGCGACAUUCUUCUGUGGAGCUCGCAUGAUUCCAUCAAUAUCGAUGGCCGAAACUUUUCAGAUCUUCUGCAACUCUUUCCUUAUUGGCAUCUGCCCCGUCACCAUUCUCUGCGGCGCCUUGACCCUCAUCGACUUUGGCUUCGCCGCAUUCUUCAACAUCAUCCUAACAGUCUUCCUACAAGAUCCUGUCGUAAUGGGCGGCUACGCUUUCACACCCGUGCAGAAUGCAGAGUUCAUCUUGUGCCUCUGGUUCGGCGUCAUCAUAGCCCAACUUUAUGGGCAUUUCGCGAACGACCGCAUCCCUCUCUGGAUCUGCCACCGUAAGGGCGGCAUCUGGCAGCCCGAAUACAGACUCCACACACUCUGGCUACCGGGUCUCGUUGUCCUACCCAUCGCUCUUGGCCUGUAUGGCGCCUCCUUGCAAUACCACCUGCACUACAUGGUUCUUGCGCUCGCCAACUUCUUGGGUGGAUUUGCGACGAACGCCAUAAUACCUGUCACAGUCAAUUAUAUCAUUGAAUGCUUCAAAGGACAUGCGUCAGAGUCCGCUGCUAUCAUGGGGGUGUAUAGGCUGGCGUUUAGUUUGACACUUCCUUUUUUCGUGCCUGCGUGGAUAAUUAAAGUUGGAACGGGCUGGUGUCUUGGGAUGGCUGCGAUUCUUUCGGUUUUUGCGUACGGGGGGGUUGCCUUGUUGAUGUGGAAAGGGGCGGAGAUAAGGAGAUGGUCCUUUCAGAGCUUGUCGUCUAAUGAGGGAGGGCUGAGAGUCAUGACGAGUGCGGGGAGUAUAGAAGAGCCUAGAGUUAUAUAA